UGCUCACUGGGGGAAAUUGUGUUGCUCGUGCAGCUGGUAUUCCAUCCUCAACUCUUCUUGAGCUGCUCACACUAGCUGCACGCGCGCUCCUGUCCACCUCCUUCCCUGUGCCGCAGUCUCCGUCUCUGUCUCCAUCUCUGUCCGGAUUUACUGCCCUAUUUUCCCGCUGCUGUCAGACACACGACCGGAGCAACCAUGGAGGCCAUCAAGAAGAAGAUGCAGAUGCUGAAGCUGGAUAAGGAGAACGCGAUAGACCGGGCAGAGCAGGCUGAGGGGGACAAGAAGGGAGCAGAGGACAAAUGCAAACAGCUGGAGGAGGAGCUGCUGGGUCUGCAGAAGAAGCUGAAAGGAGUGGAGGAUGAGCUGGACAAAUACUCGGAGUCGCUGAAGGAUGCCCAGGAGAAGCUGGAGCAGGCGGAGAAGAAGGCAACAGAUGCUGAGGCAGAAGUGGCUUCUCUAAACAGACGUAUCCAGCUGGUGGAGGAGGAGUUGGACCGCGCUCAGGAGAGACUGGCGACGGCUCUGCAGAAGCUGGAGGAGGCGGAGAAGGCAGCUGAUGAGAGCGAGAGAGGAAUGAAGGUCAUAGAAAACAGAGCAUCAAAAGACGAGGAGAAAAUGGAGAUCCAGGAGAUGCAACUGAAGGAGGCCAAACACAUCGCUGAGGAGGCCGACCGCAAAUAUGAAGAGAUUGUGUUUAUGGGUAUGGGUUUGUGUGCGAGUGUGUGUUGCUGUAGUGUGUUGCUCAUUUUCGAGCCGUUAAAUGGCUGGUUCAUCCUGGAGGCUGAUUCUGGAGCGCUCAGAUGUAAAUCAGGUGACCUUGAGGAAGAGUUGAAAAAUGUCACCAACAACUUGAAGUCUCUGGAAGCCCAGGCUGAGAAGUAUACACAAAAGGAGGACAAAUAUGAAGAAGAAAUUAAAGUUCUUAGUGACAAACUGAAAGAGGCGGAGACUCGUGCAGAGUUUGCAGAGCGGUCUGUGGCCAAGCUGGAGAAGACCAUCGACGAUUUGGAAGAUGAAGUGUAUGCUCAGAAGCUGAAGGGCAAGGCUCUCAGCGAGGAGCUGGACCUGGCCCUGAACGACAUGGCUGCAUAGCUGCUCUCACUUCUUCUUUGCUCUCACUUCCUGUCUGAACUAUUCUCCACCUGCUUGCUGUUGUCUUGUUCCAUUCCACAGCGGUAUCUCGGUCUAGAAGAUUCUAGAAAAAUGCAAUGUGCCAAAUCCACCCGCCCUCCCCUCCUUCAGUGAUCUGUAUGUGUGUUGCACUAGUCUUUGUACAGAGAGUUAAGUUAUUGCUCACCCAAUCACUGCUGAGUUAAUGUCCUCUCUUUAUUCAGUCUCCAUGUUUCCCCUGCCCCUCUGUAAUAAAUCUAUUAAAGCUCUCUUGACUUUUC